UAAGGUACGUACAUAAUUAUCCAAAACAAACACACACUCCGCGAAUAUGAUGAACGUUCAAACGGCGCCGUCUUGUCUAGUCCGCAACCGCGCCAUGUAUCGACCGACCAACGUUCCAUUUUGUUUGGCAAAAAUAGGAAAUACAGGAAAUUCCAUCGCCAUGGGAACAGAGGAAAAGAAGGGCGAAGAGUGCAGCAAAAGACCAAGGGCUAAGUCUAUCACUCAGCCCCAGUUCCUCACCUGGAAGCGCCAGAAGGAUGCAGAUGCAUCAGCUAGGAAGGCUGAAGCAGGCAGGAAACGUGCAGAAGGCAUAGCUUCUGGAAUGAUACCAAUGAAUGGCCGUGAGCUUUUCUUGCAUGAACCUUGGGUUUUUGACAAUACUCGUUACUGAUGUUGGUUUUGGGUAAUGACGCAACACCUUAUUCUCUUAUUGGUAUUAUAUGCAUGCCUUAGCAAGGAGGGUUCUCUAUUUUGUUCCCCCUCUAAGUACAGGUUGGAGGGCAAGUAUGUGUGGAAAAUGGAGUUUGGUGAUUAAUUAUCUCCUUGGAAAAGCUUAUCGUAAUGAGAAAAUGCUUUAUUUAUAAUUUAAAUUCUAGUAGCAUGCAUAUAAUUUGAACAUCGCCCUCCAGGACACCAUACCUCCAGUUUUUAACUUUUUAAUAGUUUGUAGUGAUUUGAAAAACAGUGAUGUAAUGAGUUAGUAUUACAUAUAAUUAAUUUAAUUAUGUAUCAUGGAAUUAUGCAUGAGAGUAAAAUUAUAAUAAAAAGAGGAUACGGAGAUUUGAACUCCA